AUGGAGUCCACUGCUAGUGGUGGUCGUAAUUCUCAGUCAAAUGGCCAUCGGAGGACCUGGACGAGUCAGGAAGAACGUGCAUUAAUGGACGGCCUAAAGGAACUUGUAUCUCGCGGCUUCAAAUGUGACAAUGGUUUUAGAUCGGGCUACACUGCCGUGUUGGAAAAACAUAUGCAUGAAAUCUUCCCAGGUACCGACAUUAAGGCAGAACCUCAUAUCUCUUCAAAGAUAACUGUCUGGAAAAAAAAUUAUGGUUUAAUAGCUGGUAUGAUGGCGACCUCCGGAUUUGGAUGGAGUGAAACUGGGAACAUGAUUACUGUAAGGGAUGAUGGCGUGUGGACUGCUACCUAA